AUGCCCAAGGUUCAAAAGGGAAAGCGCAAUAAUGCGCAUGCGGACGCCGCUGCAAAGACCAAGGCUGCCCACAGUAUCUUCAAGAUGAACACAGAUAUCGGCCAGCACGUGUUGAAGAACCCAGGUAUUGCUGAACAAAUUGUCCACAAGGCCGAUCUCAAGCAGAGCGAUAUCGUCCUCGAAAUCGGUCCCGGUACUGGUAACUUGACUGCAAAGAUCCUCGAAAAGGCCAAGAAGGUCAUCGCGGUGGAGUUGGAUCCUCGAAUGGCUGCCGAAGUCACCAAGCGUUUCCAGGGUACUCCGGCUCAAAAGCGUCUGGAGGUUAUUCUCGGAGACGUGAUGAAGACGGAGCUUCCAUACUUUGAUGUCUGCAUCAGUAACACGCCUUAUCAGAUUUCUUCCCCUCUCACAUUCAAGCUACUCGCCACAACGCCCGCUCCUCGUACUUGUGUUCUCAUGUUCCAGCGUGAAUUCGCUCUGCGUCUAUUCGCCAAGCCCGGCGACAAGCUUUACAGUCGACUUUCCGUCAACGCCCAAAUGUGGGCCAAGAUCGAUCACAUCAUGAAGGUCGGCAAGAACAACUUUAAGCCCCCGCCAUUGGUCGAGUCCAGCGUCAUUCGCAUGGUGCCCAAGGUCCCGAGGCCGCAGAUCAACUAUGAGGAAUGGGAUGGUCUGUUGCGCAUUGCCUUUGUGCGUAAGAACAAGACACUACGGGCCAGUUUCAUCGGUACGCCCAGCAUCAUGAAUAUGCUCGAGCAGAAUUACCGCACGUGGUGUGCCCAGCACGAUAUUCCAGUGGAGGAUGGCCCCGUCGAGGAUGCCGAGGGCGAUGUCAUGGAUAUGGGUCAGGAGCAAGAGGAACAAGGCGAGGACGAGCCUGCUGAUGAGGUCAUGGAGAUGGACGACGAUGACGAUGUCCCCGAUUUUUUCAAGGAAGAGGCCAACGCCCGCAUCCAACAAGCACUCAGCAAGCCCCAGCGGAAGAAGCGAGGCAAGGUCUCGGAGUUGGUGCGCGAGAAGGUGCGCCAAGUGUUGGAGGAUGAGACCGGCCUGGCUGAGAAGCGCGCCAGAAUGUGCGACGAGAAUGAGUUCUUGAAGCUGCUGUGGGCAUUCAACCAAAAGGGCAUCCACUUCAACUGA